CAGAUUAGUUCCCAAGUCUCGAAGCAAUUCAAGAAGGAAAACACUCAUGCAAAUUCACAGGCAAAUUCAUGAAAUUAAUUUUUCCAUAUCAAGUUUGUCAUUUUUCAUUUAGAUAACUCUUUUUUUCAUAAGAUUUAACUUUGGGCUUGAUGGUUGACUCCAUUAUUGAAAUUGGCUUUGCUAAUCAAAAUUGUUUGGAUUAAUGAAAUACGACUAGUGAUAGGUUGGCAGAGUUAUCAUUAAAUCAAAUGAUCAACUAAACGAUUAAGAUCAAAUUGAGCAAGACGCAUGACAAAAUCGGUUAAACUGUGGAACCGCUUCGCCGAUCAAUAAAUAAAGUUUGGUUUGGUUAGGUUGAACCAAAACAGAUACAUUCUCUUUCUUUCUCACAGUUCAAAUGAAAUCCCAUUUUUCCUUCAAUAUUUUCUUCUCUUUCUUUUUUCCCUUUCUUUCUCAUUAACUGUGUACUUUUUUUACCGAUGAGAAAGCAUUUGGAACCAAAAUUAAUCCAAAGCCCUUAGAUAAAAAAUUACUUUAUUUACUCCCAUUUUAAUCCUUUACUAACAGAUUUUAUAACAAUUUUUAAAAUCAAUGCUUACUUGUAACCUUUUUAGUAAACCUUUUAUGUCUCGUUUCUUCUAACCAUGAUCAGUUAACCGAUUUCCAUGAUUGUCUUGGUUUAAGGUAAGUCUUACAAUCACAAUGCCCCUCUAUAGUUAUCAGUUAUUACCAUCUUAUAUGAGAUGAUUAAAGCAAACCAGAAAACAUUAUGUUAACAGCAGUUGUUACGAGUGUUAUAAGGUUUGAAAUGAUAACGGCGCAAGAUUGUAAAUGAAAUUGAAGCAGAAUAGCAUUGAGUUCACAUUUAAGAUAGAAUGAGUUACAUGAUAUACAAAAACUACGAGAAAAAUGGUACAGAAAGAGGUUGAAAGAAAGGGAGAGAAUUAAUUAAGGAGAAAGAGGAAGAUUUUGAAACAAAAAGCUGCAAAAGAUAACCAUGUUACAAUUGUGAGUGACUAUCUGUGGAUACUUCAAUUGAUUCAAUUUCAAUGACAAAUGUUCAUCAUAUUUAGGUAUUCGGAUUCACCAUUUGAAACUAGUGUUGAUUCAUGGAUUUUGUGUGUAAAGAUGUGCUCCAUCUUCCCUUUUUUUCAUCCUUCCUCAUUGCCAACAGUAUUUAUCUUUCUCUACACUUCCAACAUUUCAUUGAAAUCCAUCACAAUUGCUUCCUUCUAAUGCGUAAAAAUGAAAAUGUGCCUGACUUUGUGAAUCAUUUAACUCUUUCUUUUAAUCUCUAAUCCCUUUAUUUGCUUUGAAUAUAAGUGUUUACAACAACAUUUGGAACAACUUUUAACAUAAAUGUAUACAAACAUCAACACAUAAAUACGUUUGAAAGUGUCUAUAAAUGUCAUAGAUGAUAAAUAUUGAAUCUAUUAGAAGACAAAAAGAGGAUUUGUUUAUUUACAAUCGGAAAUGGAUUGUGUGUUCUUAACAAAAUUUGUUCAAAGAAGAAACAAAAGACAGCAAAAACCAAAGGAUUGAGACAAUAAUUGUAAACAAAAGAGAAACAACCAGUAAAGUUGGAAAAGCACUUAAAUGUUGGUGAUAAAAGCGAGGAGAGAAAAUUGGACAAAUAAUCGACUCGCAAUCAAAUUAAAUUUUUAAAAAGCAAAUCAACGAAUAGAACCAGAUUACGGAGAGACAAAGAAAAUGUCGAUAGAAGCAAGCCUUUUACUAAUUUUUCUACUAAUUAGGAUAAUCACGUCUAAAACGAUGGUUUUCCUAUCAUCACCGAUUCCCUGUGAUUUUGAUAAAUAUCCAGAGUCAGGAUGUGAAGAUUCAAUUGGAUCUUAUUGUGACCUGAAAACAUCUCGGUGUCAUUGUAAAGCUGAUUAUCCAAUAAGAUUGUUUAAAUAUUGCCUUCGAUAUGUAGGCAUCAAUGAAACCUGUUAUACUUCCAGACAAUGUAAUGAAACGUUAAACGCUGCUUGUUACAUUCUUGGAACUGAAUAUGAUCAUUCAGGUGGUCACAAUGUUGGUUUUCAAUUGAGUGAUUGGCCAGAAGGUAAAUGUCGAUGUCGAAUGGGUCAUCAAUUUGAUUUAAACAAUGGUACUUGUGUCAAACGAACUAUAGGUUCUUGGUGUAAUGUUGAUCGUGAUUGUACCAAAGAAAAUUUUCACUCUUUUUGUAACCGAAAAAAUAGUAUUUGUGAAUGUUUAUAUGGAUAUAUUUAUGAUUCUAUUGAUGAUGCUUGUAGCCCACAGCGUUUAUAUGGUUCUAAGUGUCGCUCUUCAGACGAUUGCUCUCGUGAUCAAUUAGUUUGUACUGGAGGACGGUGUAAGUGUCCCAAAGGUUCUCAUUGGGAUGCCAUCUAUCCAGGUAGCUUGUGUAAACCCAACAAUGACAGUGCCUGUGCUUAUGGUUACAAAUGGGACUCCGAAAAGGAAAGAUGUGUCCUUAAAAUUUUUAAAGACAAUGAUAGUGAAGAUCUUGAUGAUCUUGAUAGUGUUGGUUUAAUAGAGAGUGAUCAUCGUCCAACUCGUGGACGAGGUGGUGGUACAAGUGCGAGUGGAGCUGAUGGCGAUUCUUGGUCUAAAGUUACCAUAGUGAUGAUUUUUAUAAUUAGCAUUGGAUUUGUUCUUGUGUUUCUCCGAUAUUGGUAUGUCCGAAAAAGAGAGGACAGUGAAGAAGAUUUAACAGAAAGAGGUCAUAUAAGGCCCAUUUUGAAAUCUUAUUACGGUGAUCAUAUGAUUCACACAGGAACAGUGCCAUUGGGUCCGAUUGAUACCAAUGGUAUUAAGUGUCGUCUAUCACUGGACGAUUCUGUGAUUCACUGUGAUGGAAUGGUUAAGUGUACAUCAACCUCUUCUUCUCCUGGUCAACCUGGUCGGCUCGAACAUCAUCAUCAUCCCAUUCAUUCAGCUUUAUCUGAUACAAUUGUUCCAUACGAUUGUCCCAUAGGCCAUUGUCAAGGACAUUGUCCCAGUCAUCUAGAUAUGCUCGAAUGUGAAGUUGUUGGCUGUCAUCAGAUUAAUGGAUCUUUGAAUGUUGGUGUUGAAGAUUGUAAUAGACAUGAUGAUGUUACAACUUUGAUUGAAGGUAAUGAUCCUCUUAUUAUAACUGGAAUGACUGAUCCUUCUAAUGACUUUGUUAAGAAUGGUAAAGAGACAAAAGACAUUGGGAAAAACGGUAAUAUAAAUAAUAAUUUCAGUGAAGAUGAGGCUGAUGAUGGUCUUGGAUCACUUGGUAAUCAAGAAAGUGAAUCUCCAACCCAUGAAGAAGAUGGUCCUCAAAGUGUAAAUAAACAGAGUAAUACAAAGGCUCAAAUUAACCCAAUUGAACAGACAAUUGGUCAAAAUGUUUCAGCAAAUGUGGUAAAGGAUGAAAACACCAGUAGUGAUAUAAACAACAAUGGAAACAGCUCAGACGGUGGCGAUACUAAAGAUGAUGACUAACCUACGCUUAAAAUGGAUUAGAAGGAGAAAAAGGUUGAAUUUAUUGCAAAAAUUGUCAACGAGCAUCGAUUUUUUUGACAUCUUAUCAUUCUGUUAGUUCUAUUAGAAUUACGAUUGAUUGAAAUCGGCAGCUAAAAAGAUUUGGUGCUAUGAUUGUUCGACUGAAACCAACCCUAAAUAUGGCGAUCCUUUCAAUAUUAGUCUGGUUCGAGGUGAAGACAAAGAUGUUACCUUCACCCAAUGUGAAGGCUGUUGUAUUAAAAUAGUUGCGAAGAAAGACACUCCUCAGCAAAUAAUCCAAAGGACUUGUACAGGGAAGAUCCAGAUUAACCUUUUCAUGGUGGAUCAUGUUUGCAUGGAGGAAUCAGACGGAAAAGGCCACAUGUGUUUCUGUGAAAGUGAUGACUGUAACUCAACUUUCAAGAUACAAGUGAAUCCACUCUAUUUAGGAUAGUCCUUUUAUUUCACAUUUCAUCUCAUAUCUUCAGUUAACAAUCAUGAUUCAAUUCAAUUCAUUUAAAUUCAACCAACAGAUGCAGAUUCAUUUACAAUCUGACCUGUUAUUUACCUGCCCACUUUUACUUUCUCGUCGUUUCUUUUGUUGAUGACUGCAAAAUCAACAAAAAUACUGAGCAUAGUGCUUCCAGCCAUAAACCACUCUACCAUGGAAAGGAUAGUGAUAAACUAAUGGACCCAAAUUCAUUAAGCUGUCCUUAUCAGCCUACAUUGAAUGUAGACCAGAAUCCGCUAUAUUUUGAAUCAAACCGUGUUCUCUUCGAAGCACAUAAAAAUCGCCUUCAAAGGCAACGAAUAAGGAUAAAGUGAUAUCAAAAUGCA